UAAGUGGCCAGGCGGGGGCCUUUGCAUGGGUCUCUGGCCAUGCUGCUCCUUGGGCUGCUGCUGCUGACUGUGCUGGCUGGCGCCCGCCUGCUGUGGGGCCAGUGGAAGCUCAGGAGCCUCCACCUCCCACCUCUUGUCCCCGGGUUUCUGCACCUACUGCAGCCUAACCUUCCCAUCUACCUGCUUGGCUUGGCUCAGAAACUCGGGCCCGUCUAUAGGCUCCGCCUCGGGCUACAAGAUGUGGUGGUACUGAACUCUAAGAGAACCAUUGAGGAGGCCAUGGUCAAGAAGUGGGUGGACUUUGCCGGCAGACCCCAGAUACCAUCCUACAAGCUGGUGUCUCAGCACAGCCAGGACCUCUCACUUGGGGACUACUCCCUGCUCUGGAAGGCCCACAAGAGACUCACCCGUUCUGCCCUCCUGCUGGGCAUGCGCAGCUCCAUGGAACCCCUGGUGGAACAGCUGACCCAGGAGUUCUGUGAGCGCAUGAGAGCCCAGGCCGGUGUCCCCGUAGCCAUUCAGAAGGAAUUCUCUUUCCUCACCUGCAGCAUCAUCUGCUGCCUCACCUUUGGAGACCAGGAGGAUACCUUAGUACAUGUCUUUCACGACUGUGUCCAGGACUUGAUGAAAACCUGGGACCACUGGUCCAUCCAAAUUUUGGACAUCUUUCCCUUCCUCAGGUUCUUCCCCAACCCCGGCCUCUGGAGGCUGAAGCAGGCCGUGGAGAACAGGGACCACAUUGUGGAGGAGCAGCUGAGGAGGCACAAGGAGAGUAUGGUGGCCGGACACUGGAGGGACAUGAUGGACUACAUGCUUCAGGGCGUGGGGAAGCCAAGAGUACAGGAGGCCCCCGGACAGCUCCUCGAAGGGCAUGUGCAUAUGUCUGUGGUGGACCUUUUCAUCGGUGGCACGGAGACCACUUCAACCACCCUCUCCUGGGCUGUGGCGUUCUUGCUUCACCACCCUGAGGUUCAGCAGAGACUGCAGGAGGAGCUGGACCGUGAGCUGGGCCCCGGGGCUGGGAGCUCACAAGUCCCGUACAAGGACCGCACGAGACUGCCCCUGCUCAAUGCCACCAUCGCUGAGGUGCUGCGCUUGCGGCCAGUGGUGCCCCUGGCCCUGCCACACCGCACCACUCGGCCCAGCAGCAUCUUCGGCUAUGACAUCCCCGAGGGCACAGUCGUCAUCCCCAACCUCCAGGGGGCCCACCUGGACGAGACGGUCUGGGAGCGGCCACACGAGUUCUGGCCUGACCGCUUCCUGGCCCCCGGCGCUAGUCCCGGAGCUCUGGCUUUCGGCUGCGGGGCACGCGUGUGCUUGGGCGAGCCGCUGGCACGCCUAGAACUGUUCGUGGUGCUGGCGCGCCUGCUGCAGGCCUUCACGCUGCUGCCACCCGCAGGCACCCUGCCCUCCUUGCAGCCCGAGCCCCACGGCGUGAACCUCACUGUGCAGCCUUUCCAGGCACGACCCUCAAUCAGCAUGUUGCCCUCCUCUGAUAAUGACCGGGUUGCUGGACCUCACGGUUAGGAGCUGGGCAGCGGGAAUGGAACUCAACUCGUCAGACUCCAGAACCCGAUUUCCCGCACUGCACAGUCUGUGCCCAACACAGCCCAUCCUUACCCAGGGACCGGCGAGGCCUCGUAAAGCCCCGUGUGGCAGCCCAGGACAGACAGACGGAGUGAGGGUAACCCCUGGAGAAGCCUCGGCCUCGUGUUCUGGGCCUGGCACAAGCCUCCACCCUGUGACAUGCAGGGCUCAGGGUAGCCCUCCCCUCUUCCUACUGUCAGUGCUGACUAAAGCAAGAAAAGAAAUCAGGGGUGGAAAGUUCUGGAAACUAAGCCAGCCAAGUCACAGUGAGGUUGGGCUUUGUGGAAAUACAGAAACCUUGCUCUGGAAACCUAUCUGUUCCUCUGCUUUCAAGUCUGUACUCCUUCCCCUUACAGUAAAAACUAUUCUUCAAA